AUGGGUGGAGAGCCAUCAUCACCAGGGUUUAAUAUUGGCCGUGAUCCUUCACUAAGUCCCUUUACACGAGCGCUUCUAGCAGGCGCCGUCGCCGGUCUCACAGUCGAUCUAACCCUCUUCCCUCUCGAUACUCUCAAAACUCGUCUUCAAUCCUCGUCAGGAUUUCUCGCUUCCGGCGGUUUCCGAAAUGUCUACCGUGGUAUCGGGUCCGUAUUCCUUGGCUCUGCUCCGGGUGCAGCCUUGUUCUUCGUCAGUUACGAAGGUGUGAAAAGCUCGGCGUUUACAAAGAGUUAUUUGGGAGGGAAAGAUACGCCUGCAGCUUCAAUGCUUGCUAGUGCGAUCGGAGAAGUGGCAGCUUGUACGGUUCGAGUUCCUGUGGAAGUGGUGAAGCAACGGGCGCAGGCAACGGGCACUGGCAGCUCCUUGGCUGCUGUCAAGUAUGUCGUAAACUUGGGCAAGGAUCGGGGCUUGCUAGGAGUCUGGAGGGAAAUCUACAGAGGCUAUGGAGUGACGAUUAUGCGUGAGAUACCGUUUACGAUGAUUCAAUUCCCAUUGUGGGAGGGCAUGAAGAAAUGGUGUGUUCAAGUCAGAGGUGGGGGUGAUAGAAGGGCAAGUGGAGCGGAAAGUGCCGUUUGUGGAAGUGUAGCGGGAGGUGUGGCCGCUGCUGUAACAACCCCGUUGGAUGUGAUGAAAACGAGAAUGAUGCUGGCUGAAAAGAGUAUAUCCAUGGCUUCCAUGUUUAGGAAGAUUGUGGCGGAGGAGGGAGCUAGGACCCUCUUAAGCGGAAUCGGACCGAGAGUGAUGUGGAUUAGCGCUGGAGGAGCCGUGUUUUUGGGUGCGUAUACAGGAGCGGCCAAUACUCUUUCGGAGUUAUAA